AUGUCUGUAGCUGGGGAUGGCGGGGCGGGGACUCCCAAGGCGCUCCCUUCGUCGGGACCCAAAUCCCUGCAGGACAUCCCGCACCCGCUGGCCGUCGCCUCCAGCAGCGAGGAGCUCAGCGUGGAGCUGACGCCCAGCCCGGAUUUGCAACUGCCCCGCAGCAUCGCCGACAAGGAUCUCAGUUUGCCCAAUGGUACUCCGGUAGAUACUUCUAGUCCAGCCUCUUCCUCCUCGCUUCUUAAUAGACUACAGCUGGAUGAUGACUUGGACGGGGAGAUGAGGGACCUCUUUGUCACUGUUGAUGAUCCCAAAAAGCAUGUCUGUACGAUGGAGACUUACAUCACUUACCGCGUCACAACUAAGACUACUCGAGCUGAGUUUGACUUGCCAGAGUAUUCAAUGCGCCGAAGAUACCAGGAUUUUGAUUGGCUCAGGAAUAAACUGGAGGAAUCUCAGCCAACUCAUCUCAUUCCUCCUCUUCCAGAAAAAUUUGUAGUCAAAGGUGUUGUUGACCGUUUUUCAGAAGAAUUUGUUGAGACGAGGAGAAAGGCCUUGGAUAAAUUCUUAAAAAGGAUUGCGGACCAUCCAGUACUUUCUUUCAAUGAACAUUUUCAUGUAUUUCUUACAGCCAAAGAUCUUAAUGCUUACAAAAAACAAGGAAUGGCUUUGCUUACUAAGAUGGGAGAAUCGGUAAAAUAUGUCACAGGAAGCUACAAAUUAAGAAGUCGACCGUUGGAGUUUGCUGCCAUGGGUGACUAUCUAGACACGUUUUCUCUGAAGCUAGGAACUAUUGAUAGAAUAGCACAGCGGAUAAUCAAAGAGGAAGUGGAAUAUUUAGUGGAACUACGAGAAUAUGGUCCUGUUUAUUCAACCUGGAGUGCACUAGAAACAGAGGUGUCUGAACCUCUUGAAGGAGUAUCAGCCUGCAUUGGAAACUGUUGCACAGCCCUUGAGGAAUUGAGCGAAGAUAUGACUGAAGACUUUCUGCCUGUUUUACGAGAAUAUAUCCUAUAUUCAGAUUCCAUGAAGAAUGUGUUGAAGAAAAGAGAUCAAGUUCAAGCAGAAUAUGAAGCCAAACUAGAAGCUGUGGUCCUCAAGAGAGAAGACCGUCCCAAGAUGCCCACAGAUGUUGAAAAGUGUCAAGACCGGGUAGAGUGCUUUAAUGCCGACCUGAAGGCUGACAUGGACAGAUGGCAGAACAACAAGCGGCAAGAUUUUAGGCAGCUGCUGAUGGGAAUGGCAGAUAAAAACAUCCAAUAUUACGAGAAGUGCCUUACGGCGUGGGAGUCUAUUAUACCACUGUUGCAAGAUAAGACUGAGACCAAAUAAGUUGCAGCUUUUUUCUGAAUCUCUUCCCUGAACCACGGACAUUGACCAAAUGCUCAGAAUCACUACCACUAAUUAUAGUGAAGAUUUACUAUACAUCUUGAUGAUUUUUUUUUCUCCUGGAGAAACACCAAGUGUGCUAAUUCUGAACUGUACAUUUUUUGCCACUUUUUAACGAAACCAUCUUGAACAUUCUUACUAUGUGAACUUUGGAUGAUGGAAGUUAAAACAAGAGCACUUUUUCUCUUGGACCACUUUAUAUUAAAUGAAAUUGAUGAAUGGAACACUAAAAUCACAAUAAAAAUAAAGACUCUUAAAUGCAAGGUGCCAACUUGCCCUUCCUUUUUUUCAAAUCGGUCAGGAUAAGGUAUGUUGAUUGUGACACAACAGGAGUUCCAUCUUGACACCGUCCUGAUUUUGCUUCCCUUCAUAUAUAGAAAGGGAAUAUGAUUGAUGUAAGACACCUGUUGGAUUCUGUAGCAUCUCUUUAAUGUGAGCUUUUUGUGCAGAAUGGGAAAUAUUUAAUUUAAUGUAGAAACAGAAGUUGUAAUGGUCUCCAUAUAAUAUAUUGGAAAUGUAUAGAAUAUUUGUAAAAUGUUUCUAAUCUAACCUAUGGAUAUGGUGCACACUCUGACUUCAACUUUGGGAUGAUAGAGGAAAGAAACUUAUAUGAUUCCCAAAGUUGGUAUCCAGUAUUGUUUGUUUUUUUUUCUUUAAAAAAGAAUGAAAAGCCAGGUAACUUCUUGAUUUCUCAAAAUGUUUGGUUUAUGUGUGUGAUAAGCUACUCUUUAUGUCAUGCCUCAGCUCAUGCCAAACUUCUUGUUGUCACCUAACCUUGCUUUUUACUGUGGGAAUCGUCUUCAAAAUAAA